AUGCUGAGUCAGAUGGAGACUUCAGCACAGAAGACUGUGGUGGCGGUGCACACCGAGGGGGCUUCAUAUUUGAAAUCUUCAGACAGAAGGGGUGAUGCAUAUGCCCAGGAAGACGAAUCGGUGAAACGGCCGCCAAUGAUGAAAAUAAAGGAAAAGGCUGCCACUCUUCUCGAAAUGAUGGGUACAAUUAUGGAAAUAAUGAGUACCUUAAAGACGGAAGAAGCCAUAGAAGGCGUAUUUGACUUCGCCAAAGAAAAAAUUAUGGACGCGGCAAGAGACAUAAUAUUGUAUCCAGACGUUCAUAGGCGAUUUUUAGAGAUGCUUCUAAAGAAGUCCAAACUAGCCGCUGCUAUCAGAGCAAGUCAGCCGAAUGGGACAGCGAGGCUGUAUUUGGAAGAUGUUAAGAUCAUCUUUAAAGUCACGCAGGCUCUUAAUGUGGAGGCCAAAGAGAAAGUCCUUGGCUUGAAGAAACAAGUGGCCUGCAUAACAUCCAAAUUGGACGUCGAGCGAGAGGGGCGCGAAGCAGCGGUAGCCGCAAUGAGAAAAAUGGAAGGUGAUAUGAAGGAAAUGGAGUUUGCCUUGAUUUUACAGAAAGAUGAAAAGGAAGAUGCCCUCAAACUUGUCUCGAAUUUGAAAGAGGAAUUCGAAAAUGCUGUGUGUGUAGCCGAGGAUACAAAGGACAAAUUACGAGCGGCUAACCAGGAGGCAGAACGCGAGGGCAAGGCGUUGAAGGCGGUAAUAAGACAACUUAGUGAUGAGUUGUCUUGUGCAAAAAGAGAACGACUUGCAGCUGCAACCGAACGUGACGGGUUGGCUGCAAAUCUUGAAGCUGGUGAAGAAAAAGAAAGAAGGAUAUUUCAGCUGGAGGCUGAAAUAUUGCAACUUAAGGAAGUGUUGUUCAUAUCGCAGAAAGCAUCCAAAAUCGAGGCUGAUGAAUUGGCUGCAAAAUUAGUGGUCAAUAUCAACGAAGAUAUGAUGGUUGAAGAGGUUUAUAUGGAAGACCCAAUUGCCGAAAGAGAAUCAACUUUUGAAAAGGUAGAUGAACAGCUCCCUGGAAAACUGGACACAGGGAGAUUGGAAGAAGUCGAAGAUAAGCUAUUUGCCAGCGAGAUGAAAACUAAGAAGAAAAGCAAUCUGCGUCGCUGGAAUAAUAAGAUGCUAGAAGACGGUCAAGUUGUGAUCAAGAUGUCUAGUGGAAGUGGUGCAGCGAAUAAAAUACAAGCCGGUGUGACAGAAAAUUAUGAACACUGGAACGAUAAACUGUCCAAAGUCGGUAAGAUGGCGCUGCCAGAGAAGGAUGAGAACUUUGGUCACAGAAAGAAAACAACACAUAAAAUGGAUUCAGCCUGGAAAUUGAAGCCGGCAGAUAAAGGAGGAACUGGAAAAAGGAACAUCAACAGCACCAACAAGGACCACUCACAAAGUUCAAACUCAUCGACAACACUUGAUUGUACAAUUAUAAGUAGUAGCUGGACACGUGCCUGCCUGCCUGCCCCCUGCUUCCCUGGCACUUGUAAUCCUGUAACAGUCUUCCAUUAA